AGAAAGUGGCGGGCAUAGAAUCCUCCGAGCUCUCGGUCUGACAACAAACUGGAUCGGUUACUCGAGCUCCUGCAAGCUGGGAUGCUGAGCCAGGGGGCGCCUGCCGCGCAGCCCCAGCUCUUGGCCGCCACGAGACGCUGGGUGGGGCGGGUUUCUGAGUGAAGGCCAGCCGCCCACCGCCUGGAGGCCCGAAGUCCGCGGCUGGCCGGCGAGAAAGCCCCUCCUCCCGGGCGGAGACAGCUCCGGGAAAUCGACGCCCGCGUUUGCCGCGGGGCCAGCGCCGAGUUCUGCUGCCUGCGCGGCGCGGGUUUUGGGACUCUGAUCGCCAUGGACGGCUACAAGGGCUUCUUGGGGCUGCUGGUGUCGGCGCUGCUCGUCGGCUUUCUGUCGGUGCUCUUCACCCUCAUCUGGGUCCUCCACUACCGAGAGGGUCUCGGCUGGGACGGGUCCGCGCUCGAGUUUAACUGGCACCCAGUGCUCGUGGUCACCGGCCUCGUCUUCAUCCAGGGCAUCGCCAUCAUCGUGUACAGACUGCCGUGGACCUGGAAAUGCAGCAAGCUCCUGAUGAAAUGCAUCCACGCUGGGUUAAAUGCCGUUGCUGCCAUUCUUGCAAUUAUUUCUCUGGUGGCCGUUUUUGAUUUCCACAAUGCCAGGAGUAUCCCCAAUAUGUACAGCCUGCACAGCUGGAUUGGCCUGACAGUUGUCAUACUCUACAUCUUACAGGAUUUUCCCCUGAGGGGGCACCAGAACUGCAGAAUUCACAGUCUUCAGCUUCUCCUAGGUUUUUUCGCCUUUCUGGUCCCUCUGGCUCCACUUUCUCUCCGAGCAUUUCUCAUGCCCUUACACAUUUAUUCUGGACUUCUCAUCUUUGGGAUAGUGAUCGCAUCAGCACUUACAGGAGUGACUGAGAAACUGUUUUUUGCCCUGACAAAACCUGCAUACAGUACAUUCCCACCAGAAGGUGUUUUCACAAAUAUCCUUGGCCUUCUGAUUCUGGUAUUCGGGGCCCUUAUUUUUUGGAUAGUCACCAGACCACAAUGGAAACGUCCUAACGAACCAAAUUCUGUCCUCCUUCAGCCAAAUGGAGGCACUCCAGAGGGAGUGGAAGGCUCCAUGGCAAUAAACUUUGGCAAAUCAGAUUCAGAGUCAAACAAUGAAGCAGCAACAAGGAAAAGAAAUUUACCCCUUGAUGAGGCUGGACAAAGAUCUACCUUAUAAAAAGUUGUAGAGAUGUAACUGGAGAACUUCACUUCUGAAGACUAGCUCUACAGUUUAGCUUCUCACAGUUAGCCAUAAAAUGAUUGACUGAGUCAAAUUUAUUUUACUCAUAAAGUAGGAUUUCUUGAAAGAGUUUGCAUUGAUUGAGGCCUGUGAACUUACCUGAAUUGGAAAGGAGAUGAUCAAUGUAAACAAUAGCAGAUAUAAAUCGUGGUUUUGUUACCUCUUUCUUGUGGGACACCAAAGCAUUUAGCAGUGUUUUUCAUAGAAUACAUGAUCAAAAUGUGUCUCUCAGUUGGUAAAUUUGAUGAACUGGCAGCGUCCCUGGCCUGUUGUCUUGCAGUUAUUUCCUGUUAAUUCUGGGAGUCCAGUCCUAAAGUUAUAGAGUCAUAUCAUGACUAUCCAGGACAGAGUUUAUGGCUACACAGAUAUCAUGACUGAAGUACAAAAACAAUUUAGGAAAGCAAUGGUUCCCUUCUCCCUGCACCUGCCUGCUGGUCCCUCCCUAGCUUGUUUGGGCUCAGAUUGGCCCUGAAGACCAGGGUGUAUAACAGGGCAUUUUGGAGCAAUACCUUGGCUGAAAGUAGCAGAAGAGAUCUUCUCUGGUCACACCGGGAAGUUUUUCUAAAACUUGACUUAGACCCAAGGCUUCCCUGGGGUUGGGUGUACUUUAUGGUACAGAUUCCAAACUCAGUUGGAAUGAGAAUAUGCCUGAAUGCUUAAGCAGCAUAAACUGCUCUACAACUUCAAAGAGAACUUUUUCCUAAUUUUUGUUAUUUUACAAAGCACUUACAUGGUUUUUACUAUGUGCCAGACACUAUUUCUAAGCACUUCAUAAAUAUUAGAUCAUUCAGUCCCCAAACAAAGCUAUGUGCCAUUUGCUAUCAGUAUCUCCAUUUUGCAGAUGAGAAAUCUGAAGCUUAGAGAGGUUAGUAACUUGCCCCAAUGUCCCACAGCUCCUAAGUGGUGGAACUGAGAUUCAUGACUUGGCAGUCUUUCUCCUCAGUUCAUGAUCACUUCACUAUGCUAUCUUUUUUUUUCUGUUAUAUACUAAUUUGUCCCUACUUUGACCUACCCCUGGAUAAAUCUCAGUUGUUGGAGUGCCACGGAGUUGUUAAAGUUUACCUUCUGGCUUACUUUUCCAAGGCAGAUUCCCCAAAUACCUGGAAAUAGAUCAUGAGCACCCUCCCACUGCCAACAGCCAUAGCCUACCUUGAUGCCCUUUUGAUCUUAAAAUUGUGUCAUGGUGACAAAGAAAGGUUUGGACAAGAACAUCUGCAGCUUGAAGUUUGACCAAUUAUAAUUUCUACUGUUCAGGAUCUUAACUGCUAAACAACUUUGGGCUUGGAGAUAAGAGACUUACCUAUAUUGGUCUGCCCUUCCUGGUGGCAA